AUGAUAUUUAUUACAGUGCCACUAACAACGUCGGCUAAGUCUAACAGAAGUGCGAACCCAGCGUUUGGCAUUCGUUAUCAGCUUGGGCAAAUCAUCAAAUUUCUCUACGACAAUGAUCCACUCGGGAUGCUUAGUGUUUAUGCUUCGGAGGAAUUUCUUCGUGCCGGUGCUGCAGAGCGAGUUGAGAGACUAAAACGAGAUUUUCUGAACAAGCAGAAAGGAAUAUCGAUAACCGGCAACGAUGUCAUUUUUCUGGAUCUGAACAAUCUUAAAAAAUACGAAAACGGCGAUGCAUUCACCGAAAUCACGCUUUGGUCAAAAAUCAUUCCUGAUAUCACGACACGAAACGGCUACUUCAACAGCCUCCGAACUGAAAACGAAGAACUUGACGCUUUGGAUCCCGCAGCAAUCCCAAAUCCUGUAUCCCAGAACCACGAAACAAUCGAAUAUUCAGGCCGACGUUUUCGCGAUCAAUGGGUUGGCAAGUAA